CUUUCAUCCCAAGGCCAGAAGGAGGGGCCAGUGGAGAACGAGAGCACACCAGAUAAGGUUGGGGAUGGAGACUGGAGACAAGAGACACAGAGCCUAGAAGAGAGGCUUUCUGCUGACACCAAAGAGAAAGACAAGUUAAGAGACGAGAAGGAGAAGAUGAGGUGGCAAGCAGAAAAGCUGGAGGAAGAGAGGGAACAAGAAAGAGGUAAGAAUGGACAGCACAACCCAGAGUCCUCCAGCACUUCAUAAGUGAAGAUAGAGAUUAGGCUUUGUGAUGUGAGCUGGUAGCUGCUUAACCUAGUUAUUAUUAACACAUUAUCAAGUGAAUAAUAUCUGUGUGGUUAUUCCAAUUGACACGUCCUUUUACUGUCAUCAUGUAAGAGUAACAUUGAUAAAAGCAAGGUGAGGCAAGCAUCAGGGAGGGGUAUGUAGGGGUGAUUCCACACAACACACUUAGAUUGGCAGUUUGUAUCAGGAACUUUCAUGAGGAAACACAAGUAAAACCUUUUAUGAAAUAAUGCAACCAUGCAAAGCUUCAAUGUGAUGUUUUCUGAUGAUUACUGAAUUAAUCUGAAAAUAACUACCACAAUAAGAUGGAUAUUUUAUCUUUAAAUCAACUGAUUGGAUGAAAACUGUUCUCUCCCCCUCGCUGUCUCUUCCCACUGUCAGACUGUAUGAACAGACUACGUAACGGGAGCAGGAAGCGAUCGGGGAAACACAAAGCAAAGAAUAAAGAGUAAACUAAAGUUUCAGUUUGUCUCUUAAUGUGUAUUAUGUCUACAUAUAUAUAUAUAUAUUUAUAGUGUUGGUGAAAGCUCUGCGAGAGAAACACAGCCGAUUGGAGAAUGAAGUCCUCGUGCACAGAAAGGAGAUGACAUCAUUGCAAGAGAGGCUAGACUCGGUGACUCAUGUGUUUGACAUGAGUGUUGAAGAACUGAGUGAAACUUUACUCCAAAUUAAGGCCUUCAGGCUGCAGCAGGAGAGCCAAGAGGGCAUGCGUUUACUGGGCUCCAAGGGGAAAGGGGAAGACCCAUAUCGUGAGAUGAUCAAUCUACAGGCAUCCUAUGCUGAGACGGUGUUUGAAUUGCAGAAGACAAGAGACCUGCUAUUGCUACAACACAGGAUUAGUGCCGAUCUACAGGCUGAGCUCCAAACCAUCAUAUUCAGAGCAGAUACGGAGAAGCAAGAGUUCCAGAAGAAAGUUUCAGAGAAAGAGAGAAUGCUGAAAAGCCGAAUGAGACAGAUCAUCACGUUACAGGCUCAGCUCAGGGAACUGGUCUACAGUCCUAAGGUCUACAAACGGACCGCGCCAACAGAAUACUCUUGGUUAGGGAAGGAUCAAGAGAAUGUGUUUCCCGUUGAAGAUGAUAACGUAGUCUUUCAGCUACAAAGAGGGGAGUCGCUGCUCGAGGUUCAUCUUCGAGGGGUGACCUUCACCCCCCUUGGUCUCAGACUCAUGGGCCAGGCACAGGCAAGGGAAUAUGGAAUGCCCACGGAGGUCACGACCUUCUGCACGUACGCGCUCCUGGACUUUGAGACCCAUUCCACCCCACUGGGGUCUGGAGUGCAGCCCCACUACGCCUUCACCUCUCGGUACGCCUUGUCUGUCUCUGACCUGGGGAAACUGGCAGGACAGGGGGGCAUGAUGACUGCAGACCUGCACCAGAAGCUCGGCGGGGUGCUUUUUGUAACCUGUGGCCGAGCACAGAUCUCCUUGUUGGAUGCAAUGGAAUACAGAGGGGAGCGAAUAAGUGGUGCCGCCAACAUCACAGGGAAGGAUGGGGAAAUCCUUGGGGUCUUGGAGCUCUGGGUGCGUCUGCAGCCCACCACUGGACCACCCAAGUCUGUGCUGGAGAGGGCGGCAGACAGACAGCUGGAGAGGGCGGCAGACAGACAGCUGGACAGAGCGUCAGACAGACAGCUGGAGGGACUAACAGAGACAAGGGUGACUCAGCAGCCACUGCACCGGAGAGAACAUAUCUAUGAGGAGCUGCAUAAAUCUGAUCUGGGAACAGCCAAUGAGCUGGAGGUGGUGCUAGAUCGCUGUAUUGGUCUCAGUGCCCGCUGGCCCGAGCUGCUUCCUGAUGCCUACUUAACGUACCAGCUGUUUGACCUGCCACCCCACUCCUCUCCCAUCAUACACUCCAGUGCAGAUCCUGUGUUUGAAGACAUGGCCAGUUACUCAGUGACCAUGAGCUCAGAUGUGUGUGAGUACCUGCGCCGCACCAAACUGUGGGUUUACUUGUUCGAUGAGAGUGAAGAUCAGAUCCCACCUGCUUACUUGGCCAAGACCUCCAUCCCACUGCAGACCCUGGCAACUGGCAGACCAAUAAGAGGAGAUUAUAUGCUGUGGGACUCCACUGGAGGUACCAGGGGAAUCGUUCGAGUGUCACUGAGAUGGAAGUACCCAUUUCAGUCAGUGAAAGCCCCACAAUAUUACAGAGAGAGAGAUCAACCAGAGAGGGAGAUACCAGAGGGCAAAAGGAAGGUACCGGCUGACAAAGGACCACAUGCAACAAUGAGGCCAAUUGCAAAACCUAGGUUGAAGGGAGCCAUCAGAGUCGAGCCAGGAGAGGAGCAGCAUGGAAAUGAAAGCAGCAAAGAUCAUGAGGAAACUGAAGCUUUAGAAUCUGACCAAUCAAGAUCCUCCAGUAGCAGUGAUGUCAUCAUUAUUCCACCAUCAUUAAAACCAAAGAGGAAGGGGGACACAUUUCGAGUGGAGAUUCUUUCACUAUCAUUCGAUCCCGACUCCCGGAUUGCCUUGGACAAAUCUGUCCAACGUGUGUAUGUCGAGUACCGUCUCCUUGGUGUUCCCAUGGAAACGACAGAGACACCCCUGUCUCUCCGCAAGCCAACUGAUGGAGAGGAAAUCCAUUACAAUUUCAUAAGAGUGAUCUAUGUGGACAGUGCUGAGUCUGCCCCCCUCAGACACUACCUGUACACCAUGUUGGAGGGAGUUGACCCCAACCAGGGGAGGCUGAAGUUCACCGUUGUUAGUGAGCCACUGAAUGAACAAGAAGAAUGUAUUGAUGUUGGAUAUGCCUAUCUGGAUUUAAAGGAUUUACUGUUAACUGGGAAUGAUAUCACGGAGAAGCCAAUUGACAUUUUGAGCCUGAGUGAAGACGCAGAGGUCAUAGGUCAACUCAAAGUCUCCUUGGAAGCAGCGACCGCCUUGACUGGGAUCUACCAAGAAUACUUCAGAAGAGAGAGAGAAGAAUGUUAAAGCACACAUUUAAAGAAUACUUGAGAAGAGAGAGAGCAGAAUGUUAAUGCAGACAUUUAAAGAAUACUUGAGAAGAGAGAGAGCAGAAUGUUAAAGCAGACAUUUAAAGAAUACUUCAGAAGAGAGAGAGAAGAAUGUUAAAGCAGACAUUUAAAGAAUAGUUCAGAAGAGAGAGAGAAGAAUGUUAAAGCAGACAUUUAAAGAAUACUUCAGAAGAGAGAGAGAAGAAUGUUAAUGCAGACAUUUAAAGAAUACUUCAGAAGAGAGAGAGAAGAAUGUUAAAGCACACCAGGAAUACUUGAGAAGAGAGAGAGAAGAAUGUUAAUGCAGACAUUUAAAGAAUACUUGAGAAGAGAGAGGGAAGAAUGUUAAAGUAGACGUUUAAAGCACACAAACUAAAAUACUGGAUCACAACAGCAAGAAUCUUUACUGAAGGAGGAGUUAUCCAUUAUACUCCAUGUCAGAUAAACUAUUUCUUGCUCUGCUCCACACUAAAGUAGUGAUUAUCCAGGAUACUGGGAGGACUAAGAGCAGGGUAAGUAUGAUAUCAUUUAGCAAGGUAGAUGCUGAAAAUAACAGAAUGAAAUGAAAACAAACUUCUGAUUAAAAGUUUCUACCUGGGCACCUGCAGUUGUGACGUCAGUAGAGUCAGUCUGUAGAAUCUGAUGGAGUCAU